GAGACAUCAGUGAAGCAUUCAAGUUUGUUCCACCCCAGUAGAGUCUUGCCUUGAAUUGCUUCUGCAAUUCCCAGCUUGAAAACCCCGGUGCUAGACUAUUCUCUGCAGAUCCAAAAGCCUUUUCCAUCUGCAAAAUUAUCUCUUUCCACUGAUUCUCCUUCUGAACAAUCAGUAGUAGAAGAUUCAUGGAAACAAGGGAUCUCAGAACGUAAGAUAUGGCAAAUAUUGGAAAAAUUAAGGGUUCAAUUUGGAUGUUGGUGGAAGUUGACAGAUUAUGAAGUUGAUUACGAGUUUGGAAAUCUAAUAGGGCGAGUUACAGAUAAGACAAUGAUGGAACCUGUUAAUUCGGCAACAUUGAUAGGAAUUUGUCUCCUCAGCUUCUUCUUGCUUCUCCUUAUACAACCAGCUUGUGCACAGAAUGGCUUUGUGAGCUUAUGGUGUUGUGCACCAUCAAAUGGCACUGACCCCAGCACCAAUAUAACCUGGAACUCAGAUUUAAAUUUGUUCAAUAACAUAGGAAAAUGUCAAGAGAUAUCCUCCCCAGUGAUCAACAAUGCAAGCUAUACAUGGGCUCGAAUUUUCAACCCAGGUCCAGGAAACAAAUGGUGUUAUAAUUUGACAACAGUCAUGGAUCAAGAUUAUUUGAUUAGGGGUACCUUCCCUCGUGGUCUCAGUCUCGGUUCUUCUAUUGAUACAUUCUUCAAUAUUUCAUUUGGUGCCACAUCCAUUGGUCAAGUGAAAUCUACAGACAACUCUUCAGUGGUGGAGGGGUUUAUUAGAGCUACCAAUCACUACAUAGACUUCUGCUUAUUGGGGGUGAAGGGUAGCCCAUACAUUUCAGAUCUUGAAUUAAGGCCUUUGGGUAAUUUGUUGUACCCUGAGUUAGAUUUGUCUAAUGUUCUAAAGUUGGUCAGUCGAGUUGAUGUUGGGAACACGAAAGGGGUGAUCAGGUAUCCUUAUGAUACAAGUGAUCGCAUUUGGGCUACCAGCUCAAGUCUAAGCAAUAGUUCCAUCAUAAUAUCCAACACAAGCAUCUCAGUCAAUGGUGCUAAUGCAUCUGUACCGAUUCAAGUGCUACAAACAGCACUGACGGACAAAACACAGCUGCAGUUCAUACAGGAUAACCUUGAUCUGAGCAACAAAAACUAUCUUAUUUUCCUUUAUUUUCUUGAACUCGAUGGAUCUAUUAAGAAGGGAGAAAGGAUGUUUGAUAUAUAUGUAAAUGGAGAAAAGAGAUAUGGAAACUUUGAUGUAUUAGGGGGUGGCACCAUCUCCAACUACAGGAAAGCUGUUUUUAAUGCAAGCACAGAAAAUGGUAUUCUUAAUGUGACAUUAGUCGGAGUCCAACAGAGGCUGGGACCUAUUUGCAAUGCUUAUGAGAUACUACAGGUGCACACAAGGUCUGAAGGAACUGUCCAACAAGAUGCCAAUGUAAUUAUGGAGGUGAGGGAUGAACUAAUAGCUAACAACCCAGAAAAUGAGGUUCUACUGAGCUGGUCCGGAGAUCCAUGUCUUCCCUUUCCAUGGCAAGGCUUGGGCUGUGACCCCAUAAACAGUUCAGCUGCCAUCACCUCAGUGGAUCUUUCGUCACGUGCUCUUCAAGGAUCACUUCCUUCCCACAUCACUGAGCUAGCCAACCUGAAAGCACUGAACCUGAGCUUCAAUGACUUCACUGGCACCAUUCUAUCUUUCCCAGAUUCUUCUAUGUUGACAUCAAUGGAUGUAAGGGAUAAUGAACUUAUUGGUUCAAUUACCAAUUCUUUUUCCUCGCUUCCUUAUUUAACAAAAUUGUAUUUUGGAUGCAACUUGCAAUUCAGCAAUGCUCUUCCUUCUGGAUUAUUGAACCGCGCAAAUCUUACUACAGACUUUGGAAUCUGUGUUGUUGGAGGCUCUUCACUUGCAGUGCAUCAAAUUAUCAUAUAUGCUGUCACAGGGCUCUGCCUCCUAUUUGCAGUUGCUGCUGGCAUCAUCUUCAUGUGUAACAAAAAAAGAUUGAUGGCUCGGGGAAGAUUAGAACAAGGAAGAACCCUGAAGACAAAGAAUCAAAUUUAUUCUCUGCCCAGCCCGGAAAUUUUUUCUCUGACCUCUGUAUCUAUACCGACUUUUACUCUGGAAUGUAUUGAAACUUCCACCAGCAACUACAAAACCUUAAUAGGUGAAGGAGGUUUUGGAUCUGUUUAUUAUGGUACUCUACCUGAUGGUCAAGAAGUGGCUGUGAAGGUUCGCUCAGGGACCUCAACUCAGGGGUGUGGUGAAUUUGACAAUGAGUUAAAACUUCUCUCAGCUAUUCGGCACGAGAAUUUGGUUCCCCUUCUAGGCUACUGUUCUGAAAGUAACCAACUGAUUCUUGUUUAUCCCUUCAUGUCCAAUGGCUCUUUGCAUGAUCACCUCUAUGGGGAAGCAGCAAAACAAAAAACGCUAGCCUGGCCUACAAGACUGUCCAUUGCACUUGGUACUGCUCGAGGUCUAGUAUAUCUACACACGUUUUCUGGCCGCUAUGUCGUACAUGGGGAUGUAAAAUCAAGCAACAUACUUUUGGAUCAUAAUAUGUGCGCCAAGUUGGCGGACUUUGGCUUUUCAGAAUGUGCUCCUCAAGAAGGGGAUAAUGGAAGUUGUUUGGAAGUAAGAGGGACAGCUGGAUAUGUGGACCCAGAGUGCUAUUCAGCACAGACACAUCAGUUCUCGGCAAACAUUGAUGUUUUUAGUUUUGGUGUGGUGCUACUAGAAAUUUUAACUGGUCGGGAGCCUCUCAAUAUACAGGAGCCACAUAAUGUUUGGAGCUUAGUUGAAUGGGCCAAAUCAUUCAUCAUGAUUUCAAGAAUUGAAGAUAUUGUAGAUCCUGCCAUAAAAACAGGAUAUAAUGCAGAGACAGUGUGGAAAGUGAUUGAGGUAGCAUUGGCAUGCACUGAAUCCCACUCUGCCUACCGACCAUACAUGACAGAUGUCGUCCGAGAACUGGAGGAUGCCCUAAAUAUGGAGAAGAAUGCAUCUGAAAACUUGAAAUCCAUCGACAGCAAUUAGGAGGUUCUAUCGUUGCCCAUGGAGAAGAAAUGAAUUUUCCCCCCAUUCUCACUCCCACAGACCCUCUGGCUCAGGCCUCCACAACCCAGAUAGGUGGUGAGUAGACAUACAAAGGUUGUUGAUAUAUGGAUGUCCAGAUUAAGCAUUUUGCCAAUAUGAGCUGGGGUUUUCUAUCUUAUUUAAAGUGUUAAAAUGAGAAGGGGAAAAAAAAAAGAUGUAAAGCUCCACAGGCCACUGUAAAGGAUGAAACUUCACUUUUAUUUGCUUGAUGCUUAAGCUAAUGCAAAUAGCAUAAAAAUUAACUUUUC